UGAGUGUUGUAGAGAGUCUGAUAACAGGUAUAUCUCAAGGUUGGGUUGAUAACGAUGGAUAUAUGUGUCUUUCCAUAGCCGUGCAUUGUACGUGUUGUUCAUUGUUGAAUUAAGUUGUGAGUUAGUUUUUUUGUCUUCUGAUUUCCUUCAGGGACUGACGUGACUAUGGCUGUGGUCACUGACUCUGUCUUGAUGGAUGUGCUCUUAGCUAUCAUUCCUGCUCUUUACUUUCUGUACUGGUACAUCACAAACAAUGAUUACUGGGACAAAAGAGGCGUUGUAAAUUUCAAGAAAGGAUUGUUUUGGGGUACAUUGUUAGGCAAAAAGUCGCAAGCCGACGGAAUUAGGGAGAUUUACAAUCAGUUUUCGGGAGAAAAGUAUGUAGGACUGUUUCAAUUCAAAAAGCCUGUUCUUAUGGUGAGAGAUCCAGACUUAAUUAACAAGGUUUUGGUGAAAGAUUUCACACACUUCCAAGACAGGGGAAACCCUACAAAUAAAAAAGAUCUCUUUUCUAAAAACCUUUUUGGAUUAAGAGGAAGGAUAUGGCGAGCACUACGUUACAAGUUGACGCCCACGUUUACAACUGGUAAAUUGAGAGGAAUGUUCGAACAAAUAUCCAAAAGUGGUGAAAAUCUUGUUAACAAGAUAGACGAGGUUACAUCUGUAAAUGAAGGAGUGAAUUCUUCAAACAUUCUGUUUGAAUUCACGUUGGAUGUGAUCGCAAGCUGUGCAUUUGGAGUCCAGUUUUCACCAGGUAGUCCUGACUUCAAAAAGUUCAAGACGAUUGUAGAAAAAAUGUUUGCGGGUUCCCCUUUAAACUUUUUGAAAUUCACACUUCGGACAAUAGCGCCAAAAAUAGCUGAAUUCUUUAACAUAACCAGGUCUUCCAGUGAAGCUACAGAAUAUUUCACGAAUCUGACCAAGGCCACUAUAAAAUACCGUAAGGAAAAUAAUAUCCACAGGAACGACUACUUUCAACUGCUGUUAUCAUUGAAGGAGCAGGAUGAGAAUGGAAAGCUCAUGCGCCCUGUACCUUCUGACGUUAAUGAAGAAGACGCUGUCAUUGACCAGAUGAGAUAUACAGAGGAAGAUGACCAAUCAUUGGAUACAUCUGAGAAAUUGUUCACAGAUGAAUCAAUCACUUCAAACACCGUCAUCUUCUUGACUGGUGGUUCAGAAACCGUGUCUCGCACAAUCGGCUUUGUUCUGUUUGAGCUAUCGAGGCAUCCUGAAAUUCAACAGAAAACUCAGCAGGAGGUGGAUUCUGUGUUGUCCAAACACGGAGGUUGGUCCUAUGAGGGUCUUAAGGCCAUGACAUAUCUGGAUCAGGUUAUUCAAGAGUCACAGAGGAUGUACCCUAUCCUACCCAUUCUGAUGAGAGAGUGUGUCCGCCCGUACAAGGUACCUGACUCGGACCUUAUCAUAGAGAAGGGAACGAUCAUCCUUAUUCCCGUUGAUGGCCUUCACAAAGACCCCCAGCACUACCCUGACCCUUCACAGUUCAACCCAGAAAGAUUCAAGGGCAACAAUUUCAAACCCAGUUCUACGUUCUUACCUUUUGGCGAUGGACCAAGGAUUUGCAUUGCCAUGAGGUUUGCAGUGAUGGAAGUGAAGGCUUGUGUGGCCAGGAUCAUGUCUCACUACUCAGUGAGCAACAAAACUCAACUACCUCUCCAGUUUGACGUUCGUUCAUUUAUACCAGUAGUCAAAGGUGGACUAUUUCUUUCCUUUGAAAAGAGAUCACCUAAACUAGUUUUGUAAUAAUUAACUAAUAGGAUUGUAGCCUAAUUUUACUUUAAUUUAUUAUAAACAUAUUUUAUCCUUGGAUCAUCACUCUUCGGAUUGUAAAUAUGAUUUUGUUACUCUUAAAUUGUUGUAUUGUGUAUUAUUACGUGUCAUAUAUUUAAUUAGUUUUCCUUACCUAAAGGUUUUUCAAGCUAUGAAUAUUUGUACAAUUAAGUUGCAAAGAGAUAUAAAAUUUACUAUAUUUCGUUGUUUACUUUUUUUUCUCUCCAUGAUGGGCUACGUAUGACUGUUUAUAUACUGGACUUAAUCUUUUCACUAUAGAUCGAUAACAAAGAAACCAUUAAUAUAAAGAAACCUGGCGAUCACAAUCAAACAUAAAAAUAAAGAAUUAAAUUACUGAUAA